GGGCUAUCCGUACGUCUCAAGUGUCGAAGAUCAGUAUUGGAAAAGUGAAAUCGAAGGCGCUUGUCUUCCGUAGACAUAUUAAUUUCGUCCCAGCAUAAUCAUACAUAAGGGCGUCUAGCUCACGUCUCGUUUUGUGUUUCUGUUUUCUUUCCUCAUCCUCUGCGAGUUAUAGUCACUCUAGUUGAUCACAUUUUCAUUUCGCUUUAGCAGCAUAUUCACACAAGCUCGUCGCCGGCCGACCUAUACCAUUCCUUCAACCUUCCGAACAACUUCAAACCAGUCAACAUGAAGGUCUCAGUUAUUAUUUUCGGUCUUUUCACCACCGUCGCCAUGGCGGAGCUCACCAAAGUUCCCCGGUCGCAGAAGGCUGUCGUUGCACGACAGGCUGGAGAAAAAGUCCAGACCGCAGCCAUGGUCGACGCUGACGGAAAUGUCGUUGCUUUCAACGCUGCUGGUGUCGCCAAGGACCCUGCCGCAUAAGCGUGAUUUAAAUGCAGAAUAAGCAGCGCGGGUGAAGAAUAUCGGGUCGUCGUAUGUUUGGCGUGUAUAUUCGGAAUCCACCCCAACACUUCAAAUACAAUUUAAUGAAGCAUGGUUA